AUGCUCUGCUUCGACCUGGCGGCCCAGCAGGGCCACGCCGGCGCCCAGUACGUGCUGGGCGAGGCCCUCUGGUUCGGCCGCGCAGGCCUCGAGCGCAACGAGCGCCUGGGCGUCGAGUGGCUCCAGCGCGCGGCCGAGCAGGACCACCUCCAGGCCCAGAUCCGCCUGGGCACCUGCUACCAGCUCGGCGGCGCCGACGGUGUCGUGCCCGCCGACCCGGCCCUCGCGCUCCACUGGCUGCGCAAGGCCGCCGUGCAAGGCCACCCUGCCGCCCAGUACUGGGUCGGCUCCCAGUACGCCCAGGAGCGCCAGCAGAGCGUGGCCAAGGCCAAGCUGGCCUUCCACUUCUUCGCCAAGGCCGCUGAGCAGGGGCACACUGCGUCGCAGUUCGAGGUCGGCCGGGCGUUCGAGGACGGCUGCGGCGUGGCGGAGGGGAGCGACCCGCUGCGCGCGGCCGAGUGGUACAGACUCGCGGUGGACAAGGCCCACGUCGAGGCCAUGUUCCGGCUCGGGCGGCUGCAGAUCAACCAGCUGCGGGCGGGCGCGCUGCCGGCCAAGGAGAACGACACCGAACUGGUCGAGGCCGUGGAGAUGCUCAUGAAGGCGGCCCAGCUCGACCACGUCGAGGCGCAGCUCAUGCUGGCCCUCAUCCUCGCCCAGGACCACCAGCACGAGGCUGCGGCCGAGUGGCUCGUCAAGGCCGCGGCCAAGGGCAACGUCGACGCGCAGUACCACCUGGCCCGCGCCAUGUUCCUGGGCAGCGGCAUGGCCCAGAACGAGCGGCUAGCCGUCGGGUGGCUCAUGCGAGCCGCCGGCGCGGGCCACGCCAAGGCCCAGUUCGAGCUGGGGGCUGCCCUGGUCCACGGCCGGCACGGCCAGGCCGCCGAUCCGCGGACCGGAGUCGACUGGGUGCGCAAGGCGGCCGAGCAGGGCCAGGCCUGCGCGCAGUGCGAGCUGGCCGAGGCACUGUGGGACGGCCGCGGUGUGGAGAGGGACGACUGGCAAGUAGUCUACUGGUACCAGAAGGCCGCCGCCGCUGCAGGCAACGACGACCGCGAGUUCGCUGCGGCGGCGCAGUUCGGGCUGGGCCGGGCCUACGAGCAGGGCCGCGGGGUCAAGCCCGACGAGCACCAGGCCCUCCAGCACUACGAGCGCGCAGCCUACCCUGACCAGGGCAACCACGCCGGCGCCCAGUUCCGUCUGGGCGUGGCCCACUUCUCGGGCUGGGGCCACCUGGUCGAGAAGAACGCGGCCCUCGCGGCCAACUGGUUCAGCAUGGCCGCCGAGCAGGGCCACGCCGAUGCGCAGCUCCAUCUCGGGGUCAUGUACGCCAACGGCCGCGGCGUGCCCAAGGACCCGACGGUGGCCGCCCUGUGGCUGACCAAGGCGGCCAACCAGGGCGUGGCGCGAGCCCAGUUCGCUGUGGGCGUGAUGCACCUCGAAGGCCGCGGCGUGCCGGAGAAUGUGGACCUCGGGAUCUACUGGCUCGAGCAGGCCGCCGGCCAGGGGCACGACGGAGCGCGAGCCCGUCUCAACACAGUCCACCACCCAACCUACUGA